AUAUCCGAAUGUCGUCAAGUAUUUGAAUCAUAGCCGUGGAACAACUGUGUCUAGCUCUAAAUCCGGACUGGAACGGGGACAAUAACCUAAAUUUCUCAAGAUGGACAUAUAUUUGUUCAGACAUCAAAGACUCAAGUACUUUAGACAAGACAGGCAAGAUACUAAUAGGACGAAAAUCACAAGGACUACAUGCAAAUUUAUUUUUAGCUACCGGAAUCACAGUUGCAACCUUCCAUGCGUCAGGGAAACAAGAGGUGGUGAAGCAAUGAUUGACAAUAUGAGUCAAGGAUUACCCAAGCGCUCUCCCGAACACGGCAGGCAAAUGCGCCCAACACUGCCACUGACUAGUUCGCAAGAUUUUAGUAGCUAAGCAGAAAUGACACACGAUAGAAAAAUGCUCGAUCGAGAAGCCGUACGCUCUGUCAUCCAGCAAUGGAAUGCGAACCGCUUGGAUUUGUUCGCUUUAUCCGAGCCUGACGAGAACCUGCUAUUUCAUGGCGUCAUGCGGUUUUAUUUCCAAGAUGCUGGACAAAAAGUCGCUACCAAAUGCAUUCGUGUGGCCUCUGACGCCACUGUCUCAGAUGUUAUUGAUACCCUAAUCGAAAAAUUUCGUCCCGACAUGCGUAUGCUGUCAGUGCCAAACUACGCCCUCUAUGAGGUACAUGCGAAUGGCGAAGAGCGCCGCUUGAACCCUGACGAAAAGCCUUUAUUGGUGCAGUUAAAUUGGCAUAUCGAUGAUCGUGAAGGUCGUUUCUUGCUCAAGAAUAUUGACCAAAAAACUACGCCAAUCGAACAGUCAGAUAUGAAUUUCAAACGAAAACUUUCUAAGAGGGAAAAGAAAGAACAAAAAAAGAAAGAAAAACUCGCAAAAUUAAAUUCUGAAUCGACAUCUGGCGGCUUUAACGGAGGAAUUGCUAACGAUUGUAGAGAGGGUGAAACUCAAGUGGCUGGAAAACUUUACACCGAACUGCCAGAGACGUCAUUUACUCGUUCGAUUUCCAAUCCAGAAGCUGUUAUGCGUCGGCGACGACAACAAAAGCUUGAGAAGAAGUUGCAGCAAUUCCGAUCACGUGAUGGCGGGCCUGACACCGGUGGGACGCUAAAGAUUUACGGCGAGAGCCUAUGUCAAGAUGUUCCGUACAAAACGUUAUUACUUUCUAUACGCGACUGUGCUCAGGCCGUCGUUCGGGAAAUGUUGUCAAAAUAUGGUCUGGACAAAGCUGAUCCUUUACACUAUUGUUUGGUGCAGGUGAAUAGCGAUGGAACGGAAUACAUUCUCGACGAUGAUGAAUGUCCGCUCUCCAUACUGAUGAACCACCCAACAUCACGAGGCUCUAUUAUGUUCCACGUGAGGCGCCGGCCAGCGGACUCUCAACCGCGUCGACGUAAGAAGAAGCCGUUGGGUGCCUCUAAUGGGACCAACAGCAUAUCCAGCGAUCGAGAAGGGGCAGUGCUAGUGGAGGUAACGCACAGUGGCGAUGGAGGACGUCGUAUUAAACUCGGCAGUGACCCAAUAGAGGUUGGAUCAGCUAAUACGAAUUCGCUGCAGCUGUUUGGGCCAUCAAUUCAGCCACGUCAUUGUCUAAUUUCGUUGUUGGAAGGUGUUUGUACUGUGACCCCAUUACAUACUGAUGCCCUGACCUUUGUCAAUGGCCAUCACAUAACACAACCUACUAUUUUGCAUAACGGUUCUGUCGUGAUGUUUGGACGCGUGGCUUCAUAUAGAUUUGUGGAUUCGCCAACGGAUGGGCGUUACAACCUGGCAUUAUCACAAUCUCAAUUGGAUUCGGCUUGUCUUUACGAAAGUCGCUCGCCAACUUCGCCUGGGUUAUGGAAAGAUGAGGAUGGCGCAUUAAGCUCUGUACACCAGAAUGAAAGUCGAGGUACCAGUCACCACAGUGGAGAUGGUGUUGCAGGUUUAAGUAUCACCGAGCAUUCGUUGGGCUCGCGCGACCAAGAUGAGAGCAAAUCGCGUACCAACGACCAUCAAAGUCACUCUGGCAGCACAACCUUUGACGACCAAAGCAUUGAGGGCAACUUGGAAAAUGAAACUAAGUCAAUUUCAAGCUUGAAGUCUGGCGGCUCGAACAGCCAGGAAAGGUCGCCGAAAACUGCGAGCGGCUCAGAGAGUCAGGGACAAGAAGCAAUUUUGCCUGCCGUCUUGGAAUUUCCAGAAACACAUCAGGAACUUUUCCUUAGACACAUUAUAACCGAGUUGGAUGUAAAUGUGCCUCACUUCAAACUGGCGCCAGUGUACUCACUAUAUUUGUGUGCGAGGUAUCGUGCUUCGACUCAUUACCGUCCGGAACUGCAGCCGACUGAACGAGCCCAUAAAUUAACAAUAUUCCUACACCAUGUCGCAAAUUUGAUUUACACUGUUGUACAAGAACAAUAUUCUGAUGCACGUAUUUUAGCCUUUUGGAUGGCUAACAGUUCGGAAUUUCUUCACUUUCUAAAGUCAGAUCGUCAUAUUAGUGCAUUUAGUGUGCAAGCUCAAGAAGUGUUGGCGGAAAGUGUCCAAACAGCAUUUCGUAACCUGGUGAAUUGUUUCCGCUUGGAAUUGUCACAAACCUUGAAUCAGUUCCUUUCGGAAACCAUUGACCAUGACUCGGCCGCGGGAUUGGUGCUGACAGUACUUGGUUCCGCAAUGGCACUAUUGCGUCGUUGCCGCGUGAAUGCAGCUCUAACAAUCCAACUAUUUAGCCAGCUUUUCCAUUACAUCAAUGUGAUUUGCUUUAAUACGAUUGUGGCUAACUCGCACAUGUGUACUGCAGAAUGGGGCAAAGUUAUGUUGGAACGGCUUCAACUUCUGGAACUAUGGGCUGAGCGCCAAGGACUGGAACUUGCUGCUGAUUGCCAUUUGGCGAAAAUAAACCAAUGCGCUCAGUUUCUCCAAGCGCCCAAGUCGUCUGUCGAGGAGAUACAACAAUUGGCUUGCUCUUGCUUCCGCUUGAACUCAUUACAAAUGGCCGCAUUACUGCAACAAGAGAAGAUACCUCGAAAUCUUGUGGACACUGCAAUAAGAAUGGCUGAGUCGGUAGCGGAUGAACUCACGCGAUCCGAUGGUCGGGAGGUUCGUCUAGAGGAAUCACCAGAAUUGCAUUUAGCUUUGCUGCUACCCGACGACGGUUUUAGCUGUGAUGUUGUGCGCGGUAUACCAUCCGGCUUAGUUGACUUUUUGAAUCCACUACAACAACAAGGCAUGUGCCGCCUGGCUGCGCAACCUACUUCUAUUGGUUUAUGGACUGUUUAUAUGCACCAGUUCAAUGCCCGGUCUUCCAGCGCUAUGUCCAACAAGCUACCGCAACCGGAGGUCCAGGUGAUAAAGUUGCAUAAAAAUGCAAAUGGUAUGGGUCUGUCCAUUGUCGCGGCAAAAGGAGCAGGCCAGGAGCGCUUAGGCAUAUAUAUAAAGAGUGUUGUGCUUGGCGGAGCCGCUGAUGCCGACGGCCGUCUGCAAGCAGGCGAUCAGCUCUUGCGGGUUGAUGGUCAGAGCCUCAUUGGCAUUACUCAGGAAAAAGCGGCAGACUAUCUCGUACGCACGGGACCGAUAGUCACUUUGGAGGUAGCAAAACAAGGGGCUAUUUAUCAUGGCUUAGCAACUCUGCUACAGCAGCCUAGCCCAGUAAUAGCGCGAGGUAAUCGCCGGAUGUCUGAACGUGACCUAACAAGAAUGGGCACAGCAGAUUCAAAAAAUUUUGGUCCCCUCAUACCUAACACCCAUUUAUCAAAUAGUAAAUCGGUACCUGCACUACAUCAUCACACUGGAAGUGGCACUAUUUCCAUGAACGCUUCGAAAUCCCGCAGCACUCACAGCCUUGUCACCAAUCCCAAUACCAACAGCAAUGUGGUUGGCGGAAUCAGCAGCCUAAACAACAACGAACAAGGCUUUUAUCAAAACCUAAGCGUUUACCGUGCACAAAAUCAAAGCCAACCGAUUUUAGCCGAAAGACCACCAAUGCAGUUACAUUCAACAAUGAAUACGUACAAUGGGAAUUCUCACAACGGUCCAAAUCCAAUAUCUUCAGCAAAAGGGACCGCGUCAAUGCAUCACCCUGCAUUUGUAUCACAACAACAGCAGCAACUGCACCAUUCAUCCAUAACUUCCCCCUUGGGAUCUAACAUGCCGCCGACCCGUCCAACAUCCGCCUAUUAUCAUAGUGCCUCCAACGCCAAUAGCAGCGGAGCAGCACCGACAAGCAAUGAUCAACUGCAACAGCACUUGGUCUCUCAACAACAACAAUUUACACACCACUCACUUAACAUGAGUGCUAGCAGUAGCAAUUUGAAUAGUGGCAACAUGUCAGCGACAGCUCUGCAACAAUACCAACAGCAUCAACAACAACAGAUUUUAUCAAAAAUGGCGCCACAAUCCUCACUAACGAUGGGAAACCGAUCAAGGAGCACUCAGAAUUUCAAUCGCGACAUGCAGAAUCAACAUAGUCUGCGCAUGCAACAAAUGAUGGCGCCUUCAAUGCCAAACAUAAGUAGCGCAUCCCAGCAGCAACACAUGUCAGCUAGCCAGAGUAUGCAGAAUGUAAAUAUGAGCGGUGCGGACCCUACACUAGGGUACCAAAAUGGCGCUGGAGGUGAUGGUUAUAUACAGCAGCAACAUUCACCUGCCGGGCAGACGUUUCGUCGCAAUCCAUUAAACGAGUUCAUGUCUCAGGGCGGUGGCGAUGGAACUCAACACUCUCCACAUAUAAUGCUGCAGCAACAGCAAAACUUUAUUUCGUUACCCCCGAAACCUGGUAGCUUGCAGAAAGUGUCACCUACGAAGCAGCAACAACAGACUCAGCAUUUACCACCCACAGCUCCGAAGCCGCAGACGAAUCGAAUACAACAGCAGCAAUUCAUGCAGCAUCAACAACAACAACAUCAGCAAACUAUGUACCAGCAGCAUAUUGAGGAUAAGCCACCGCUACCACCGACGGCCACGCAUCCGCUUUACAAACCGACGCAACAAAUAACACCUGGUAUGAAUUAUGUAGCCAGCACUUUAGACCCUCCGAAAGGUGGCUAUGUGCCUGUAUCCUCAACAGCACCAUUACAAAACCAGAAAAACUUCUUAGGGACCAAUCCUUGGGAGCGUGAAGAGCGCGAAAAGGAAGUGGAAAUGCGGCGUGAACAUGUGCGUCAAUGGCGGGAGCAACAAAUCGCCGAUAUUUCUUCCCUGCCACAAAGAACGCCACAGCAAGAAGAGCAACUCAAGACUCUUAUACUGGAACGUGAUUUUGAGCGGCGAGCUCAGGAGGCAGAAGAGCAUGAAGAUGAAAGUGAACCAUCGUACGAAAAGGAGAGCGCACAAGAAGUAUUCCGCCUUCAGACAAACAGCAUACAAAUGCCAGUGACUAACUUCAGACAAACAGAGAUAAAAACCUCGUCUGUGUUAGAUAAUAUUGGCGGAGGUACCAACAGCACGACCGGCUCUUUGGAGGAGUCGCCUUUGUCUUCGGCGCGCAGUUCAGCAGCUGUCGUAUCGGAUGCGGCGUCCGUGCUUCAGCAGCAGCAACCACCUCCUUUGCCAAGCAACCCACCGCCUGCGACAGGAGUGACCACGGCAGCAGCUACACAACCUAAAGGCAUUUUGAAGAACAAUCGCUACGAUGGGGCCAGCGGCGCCGCACCAUCCUCGCCAUCCAAAUCUCAAAAAUCGACGAGCUUUGCUGAUGAUCGACACUUGCAAUCCGAACACCCAAUAUCAAGUUUGGCCAAAAACUUGUCACAUAUAUCAAUCAGUAAUUCCGUUUCAACUGGCAUUUGCUCACCUACAACGCCUACUGUAGGUUCUUCAACACAGAAUACAAGUGUCGACAGUUCAACUGUUCCACCGCCUCCCCCGCCAGAGCGCAAUAGCUCUUAUCUCGUUAUGUCACAACAAAAAUUACGCAAUUCCUCCAUCGGUCUUUUAAAAACAGCUACGAGCAAUUCUGCUGAUUUACUUAACCAGAACCAAAACUUGGGGAAUAAUUCGAAUCUAUUGAAUAAUAAUGCCACCAUAAAUAAUAAUAAUAACACCAAUAGUUGUAGUUUAAAUUCGUCCACGUCAGCAGGGACUCCUGCUGGCGCAACAAUAAACAACAACAUCACCACUAAUAACGCGCAGUCCUUAACAUUGGAACUAUUACCAUCCAGUUAUAUGGGCAACAGUAGUAUGUUGCUACGAGAUAACAAACGUGUUUCAUUCCAUAACGAAGAGAACAACUACAUAGGGGCAGCUCAGUCGUAUGGAACAACCGGAACAGGGUCAUCUUCUGACAUGUACUCCAUGAAUAGCGACUCCCAAAUUCCUCUAGAUCUGGAUGCCAUACUCGAGGAUAGAAACCAUCGCGCACGUAUGUUUGAUAGCUCUGUUUUGGAAACAAUGCCAACAACUCCUGAUUCCGUUCUCUGGAAUACAACCGUGCAAUCAACCCCUGGAGUUAUUGGUGCUCAAGAAGUUUACAGGGAUCCACGCCAGCGGAGACUUGCUGAAAAACAGCAACAACAGCAACAACGAAACACCGAAGCUGUUCCAGAGAAAUUGUCUUUCAAAGAGAAAAUGAAGAUGUUUGCAUUGGAAUCGGGAGAAGAUCAUACGCCUAAAGAUAAACUGAAAAUCUCCAGAGCACAAAGAGAUAUUGAUGCGGUGCAUUGACUCAAGUACACUCAUAACGCAUGUACACAUCAUUAUAAUAAAUAUGCAAAUUUAAGACGAUAGUAGGAAGAAAAAUUAAAAGGACAAAUCUUUUAACGACAUUGCCAAAGUAGGCAAUAUAUUCAAAUAAAAUUACAUUUUAGAACAUAUGUACACAUAAAACAAAAAUUUAAAAAAGAAGAGGAGUUGAAACUAGAAUUCAGUAGAAAACAGUAAAUUUCUAUUAAUUUAACAAUUAUCUCAUACACACAAACCAAUUUAAGUUAGAACAUAAAAAUAUUAACACAAAUCAAUACUGUGCAUUAAGUAAAAUGUGAAAUAUUUUAAUUGAGUAUUCGAAGCUAAGAAAAAGCUAAUUCAAUUUUAUAAUUUUCUUUAUGUAAAAGAUAUUAGGCUUAGGAUCGUACGAAUACGACGAUGUGUGUGUAGUCGAAAAAUAAGAUGCAAAAUUAGUUUACCACUCGAAAUAUUUACCUACAAACUUUUAUUGAAAACAAAUAAUAUUCGUUAACAUAUAUAGGGAGUUCACAAGGUGUUGUAUACUGUCGCAUUGUUAUGGGUCGUAUUUUCGUAAUAUUACUAUUAUAGUUGGGAACCUUUACGAUUUACAGCUACACGACAGUUUACAACACCUUCUGAACUCCUAAUAGUAAUUUAUAGUAUUCAUGUUAUGGUCAUAUUCGGUUUGAAACUGAAACAGCAAAAAAGUACUAUUUUUCUUAUACUAACUUUUUGAACAAGUGGUCCAAUUACAAACAAUUUAUACACCAAUAAGCUAGUGUGUCUUAUUAUACACAACCAAACACGUAAAAUGUUUAUCUACUUAUACAUGAAUACAAAUACAACUGAGGAUAUAUUUUAUAUUCAAUUAUUAUAAAUGUAUAUUUUUUGCAGUCUUAAAAUAUAACUUAAACCGACGUUAGAAACAAAAACAAAAGCAAUGAUCAUUAUAAAAACAAAACACAACUUUAAUAAAAAGGAACAUAAGAAUGUUUCCUUACUAAUACAUACCUAUGGCUUUAAUGAAGAUAUCAUGAAUAAGGGAACCGAAUGGAUUAACUAUUUAAUGUAAAAAAAAUAAAAUAUAUUUUAGUAAUAACGAUGUGUAGAAAUUGCAAUGAAAAAAUGGUUAUGUUUAAAUAAAUCAAGAAAUUACGUGCAUUCAAGACACAACUAAUGUUUUGAGAAUUCGUAUGGAAAUUUGUUGAAGUAGAUGGGACAUCGAUAGUCUGGAAGUAUUGUGAACCAGCGAUAGUUUUUCGCAACUAUCGAGACU